AUGGACGAACUACUGCAGACGCAUUUUCCCGAGGAACCGUACACCUCAACGUGGUCUGAUAAAUGUCAUCUUUCUGAUGAUCUCGCCAGCGAAGCAGAUUAUCAAGACCUGGAAAAUAUACUCGCUAUGUCACAGACUCGCCUGGAUCUCGACCUCGAGGCUUGUUCUCCGGUCAGCAGCGGGCCUGAAAGCCCACAAUUAUUGCCUGAUUCCAACGAGCAUAUAAGCGACGAUGACCUUAUCAAGCUACCUAUAAGAGAGCUGAACAAACGGAUCCGACAUCUACCGAAAGAGGAGGUGAAGAACAUUCGAAAACGUCGCAGGAGUCUUAAGAAUCGUGGUUACGCCACUAGCUGUCGACAGCGACGUGUGGCGUUAAAGGAUUCUCUGGAGACACAAAACCAACGCUUGAAGGCGCAACUUCGUGAGGCAAAGGAAAAACUUAACAUUGCAAUAAAGGACAGAGACAUAUACAAGGCAAAAUGUGGACAAUUACAAGACAUUUUGUUGAAAGUACGGUGCAUGCCACAUUCUUAACAAGUGUUACGUCAAGCUGUUUGUACACGAUGAAGUAGGCCAAACUUCUGGACGAGAAAGGAAAUAUUUUGCAAGACAUAACGCCGCUAAGGACAAAUAUUGAAUUGCUAUGAAAAUCGUAUUGACGACACCAAUAGGAUCGGUGAUUAAAGAUAAUUAUGACAUUUAAGAUGACUUUAUUAUGAUGUUAUUUCUGUGCAUGGCGUAGAACUGAAGAAAAAAAUUGGUCUCCCCUUAUGGAGAGUUGUACACAUUCACGUACAUAAUAUUAUAAGUUAUUUAACUGUAAAUUUUUCAAAAGGAAGAAACCUUCAAGCUCGUUUCGGCACUGUUAUUAAAAUGAUACACCUCAGGAUUUUGUAUUUUUCAAGAUUUUACUUUACAUUUCAAAACGAUGGUUUAUAUUUUCACCUUGAAAUUCAUGUAUAAUGUUAUUGUUGGUUUAUAUUGAUUCCUUGAUUCGUCUGUUUCCUGCUCUCUAAGUCAAAUCCACAGCCAUUUAAUAUCUAAUUUAAUUGAACUUAGCGUACAGGCAAUUUAUCGGUGUAAUGUAUAAAGAUUUAGUCGAGAAAGAAUUAUAAUGAAAGCGCGGCAGUUUCAAUCGCGCGAGAUAUGGUUAUCAGAUCCUAUAUUAAAAUAAUGUUAACCCUAGCAUGCUGCUGAUGGGUGUAGCAUGAAGUUAUUUUCUCAUGUUUUCGUAACGGAAAAUAGAGCAAUAGAUACACACGGGACGGGUGAAUCGUUUUAUUGAAAACUCGCUAAGUAGGGCCAAGGGUGAAUUAUUUCUCUGAAUGUUUAGGCGUUGCUCGUGAUGGAGUUAGGAGCGCUACUGAACUAGAUGGUGAGUCUCGGGGCUAUUUUAGAGUUAGGUUAUUUUUGGAUGUAGGGCUGAGACCAUCGCUUUUAGGUAUGUGGUUGAUGUAAGGGUUUUGGCCAGCGCUUAAGUACAUUGAUGUAAUUAAAAGGAGAGAUAUUUUUAUUAACAACAUUUCACUGUCUUCGUUUCAAGCUUUAUCGUUCAAAGUGUUUUGUGUGAUUUAAUAUAUGCGGUUUGCAUCUGGCUGAAGCUUUAGGAAAUGAUGAAGUGUUACUCUAAACUUCUGUGAAAGUAAAAUCCUGUUAUACAUUAUUUUCCUGUGGCAUUCAUCUGCAGUCUUUCUUCAGCGCGGUUGUUAUUGCUACACACACACAAUCCAUUCUGGUUAACCUUAAUGAGCUCACGAAGUCGGCGAUGGAGAGAUGUCAAGCAGGCUUUUCUUCGAUGUUACCCAUUUCGUACUUUUUCACCACAAGGAAGUGUGUUUUUCUCUCAGAGGCUUCCAAUUUAUUGCGAGCGAGAAAGGUGAAAUGGAUGGGUGUGCCAAUCUUUCCACCCUUUCGAGCACGAGGUUUUCGUGGAAUUCAUUCCCGAUUUUCUCAGAAGUCAUUGAUGCAAAUGUCAUGGCGGGCUAAUACAAAACAAAAUAUAGUAUAUUCUGUGCGAAAGAUACUUACUAAACGUAAAUCAGAAACGAAACAUAAAAGAUUUCUUCAACCUUGGUGGCUCCAAAACCUUGACAAUGGCGUCGAACAAACAAAAGGUCAAGACGAUAUAUUAUUCGGGCAAGUUUGAACAUAGUUUGUUGACAACCUCAGUGUGCAUGGCACGCAAUAUGGAGUUUAGAUUUGCAUAUUUAUAAAGCAUGAUAAAACAGUUUUUUAAUAACACGGCGAUCGUGGCUACAUACAGGAGGAAUUACUCUCCACCGCAAGAUAUUUUUUGUUCAAACUUUCUAAAAGAACGCCGAACAAAUUUGUGGCGUGUUUACAGUGAAGUAUUAGGCCAGAGGUCAAAGAUUGUAAAUUUCAGGAAUGCUUUAUCACGAGAUAGUUUAGAAAAGUAUUUGUCGGUUUUUUGGAUACCAAAGAGACUGACUUGCAUGAUUUUAUUUUUAAGGAUUUCCGCAAAUAAAGGAAAAUGAAGUAGUUCAUUCGAAGCGAAACGCCGGUCACACGACCACUCCGACAUUACGAGAAAGUUUUAACGUCAUCUCAUACAAAACAAGCAUGUAUCAUCCUUUUGAAUUCCGAACCAUCGAUCACGCCACUGAGAUGAACAAGAGUUAAUCGCUGCAAGCUAUGGUGAGUGACCUUUAUCAGCAAUCGCAAGGAAAGUUAAUGCUGCUGAACUUCAAAACAAAAUUUUUUUAGCAAAGAUUCCGUCGGCACGUAAAAUUACAAUCAAAAUACUGUAUUAUUUUUAUCAGUACUAACAUGGUCAUGUGACUGUGCCGGGCCAUUUGUAUAGGGUAUAAAAUAUUGGAAAACAUUUUUUAUGGAAUCUAGUAAUGAUCGUAUAAAGUGACAAUCAUCUCAUCUUAUUCUCUUAAUUCACUUUAAAGUCAAGUGGAGUGAAUAAGGGGAAAUAAUCAUUCUUAUUAACUCAUUCACCGCUAUCUUCUGUUUAAUGUUUCUGGUAAUACCAAUGUUAGGCGAUUUGCUUAGUCGAAAUGGGAAAAACCCCUGUACAAUAAAUCGAGUGUCACCUUUAUAAAAAAAUGUUUGUUAUGGGACAAGGCGGGAAAAAAAUUCUUGUCGAAAUAUUUCUUAAGCAGAGAGAAAUUCACUGUUCAACAUCCAUAACAAGGCAACAAGGACAAAAGCAACCUACAAUGUUCACGGACUCGCGGGUUAAAACUAAAGUGAACGAAAGUUGUUCGGACAGUUUUCUAGCGCUACGACUACAAAAAAUGCCAUGAUUUGCUGUGAACAACAGGGAACAAUAAUAUAUCAUGCAAAAAUUAGAUUUCACGUGUUUUUAGUGACGAUACAGCAGAUAAGGAAUGGUCGUGAAAGCCAGAACGGGCUGCAGCUAGUAGGAGUGUCUCGUAAAUGGCACACAAUUUUCCUUUCGGGGCGUUCCAACAGUGAAAACGAAAUUUACCCUUCAGAAAGUCCCAAGUAAAUCGGAUUCUUUACUCGGAAAUGCUGAGCAAGCAUUUAACGAUAUGAAAUUUCGGGAAAAUGUCCGUGAAAAGUAGUUAAAAUAAACAAACUUUUAAUACCACGCUUUGGAUCGUUUGUCUUUCGCUUUUUUUGGAUCAAGUAAUUUAGUUCCAUUUUCGUUCGUAAGUUCCACUGAUCUCUGACUGGUCGCUCUGGAAUUAUCGACCAGCUAAAGAUACUAGUUUGGGUCCCCUGUGCAUGACUGUGGCUGUACUGCUGAGGCUGAAAUUGGUAGUGAAAGGUAAUAAAUUGCUAUGUUUCUCGUAACUUGAGUAGGAAAUGAUACUGGACUAAGGGGCAUAUGUUAAUGACGAGACUGCUGUAAAAGAAGAUUCGCCUAUGCGUUUGACGGCAUCUGUCCUUUUAGGCACCGUCCAAUACACCCUCGAUGUAAGAGAAACCAGAUGUCAUUUAUACUCUCAGAUCAGGUUAUAUUCAAAAAUGGUGCAUAAUUAAGCAUAUUUUUUGUUUUUACUUGCUGGGGGUUUUCCCCAUGUGAAUUUUCGAACCUUCUGGUGACAAAGUGAAAUUAUAAUGAGUUAUAAAAAAUUUGGCGAAAAUUAUCGCUACUGCUUCAGCUGACGGGUUUACCUUGGUUAAAUAUGUUAUUAUUAUUAUUAUUAUUAUUAUUAUUAUUAUUAUUACAUUGUUGGACUGGGGAACUGAAUCAAGCUUUGCGGAAUGGGUUCGAAUGUUGGUUCUGAAAAAUCACGACGCCAUCUGUACUUUCGAACUACGAAUACUUCGAUUCUGUCUUGACCAAUCCAAUUGCAGCUUUAGAUACUGUUUACACGCACUAAACACACCACAAACUACAUUCUCGGUGGUUUUAUGUCCUUUGUGAUUGGCUCUUUUGUUUUUCCGCCAACGUUGCCCUAACAUUCCAGAGGUAAUUAUAGUGUUUACGGUUUUCCUAGCCCGAAAGAAUAAUAUAUGUGAAUGUGGUAAACUUUAAGUAGGUUCACACUAAAGUUAAUCGCCCAGUGACAUGGAGGUGUUAACCCGGGGGGGGGGGAUGAUAUCACAGAUGUAGAGCGCUCAUCGAGAGUAAUCACGAUCCAGUCCAAACACAGAAACCCGCCCUUUUUAAGACGCUACAUGGUGAAAUUGUUUACCUUGUUGAAAGAAACAAACCCGGCUGAAAACCACACUUUUUUUGGGUGGCAACCGCACCUACCCGUUUGAGAAAAAUAAGCGAGUGCCCCCCCGGGUGUUAAAUAACUCUAAUAUUAAUAGCUUGUUAUAAACCAGCCCCACCUUACAAAUGGUCAAGCCUGGAGCAGAUUCCGCUGAUCUUACAGCACUUCUUCUCAGUAACAUCUCAGAACUAAAUUCAAAAACAGAAAGUAUAACCUUUAAGCUCAUGUUGUAACGUUUCUUAGCAAGUCUAUCUUGUGGCAUAUAUUGUGCCUUAAUUCUAAUUGCGAUAAAUUUCUGUUAUAUAAUUAGUUCUAAAACCCAUAAAGCAGUGCGAAGUAGGCGGCUUGUGAAUUCUAAGAAAAAAUAGCUGGGGAUUCCCCACUAUAUUCAGGUUCUUGAUUGGGUCAAGGGAAGGGAAAAUUAUAUUUCAGGACCGUUUACUGAAAUGCAAAGUCAUUGCUUGUUUCGUUGAUCUGCUGUGUCUCUAGAGCAAUUUUAACGCAAGUUUUAGCCUUCAGCCUAGCUUUCUAAAAAUGGAAGAAGAUUGUUUCAAUACGUGGGACGAAUUUUUCACUGAAGAAACACGAAAUGUUCUUUUCUGUUCUACGUGGACGAGAGGUUCUUACGGCGACAACAUGGCCGUCGGUGACGAUGCGGAAGAUAUUCAAGCUCUUUUCAAUGGCGAAGUCAACCCGGAAACAGAAAACAACGAUGACGACGAUGAUGAUACGUCUUUGGAAUCCGAGAGCGAGAUGUGGAGUCCCCGUAAAUCCAAAGAAAUCAGCGAUGAAGAAAUAAAAAACCUGCGGGUAAAAGAACUCAAUAAGUUGUUGCGAAACAUCCCGUUGGACGAGGCAGCCAAGAUACGAAGACGACGACGAAAUUUGAAAAAUCGAGGUUACGCCUUAACAUGCCGUCAAAGGAAACAGCACGAACAUGAAACGCUCAUAAACGAGAACACUUCGUUGAAAAAGGAGUUGGAAGAGGGAAAAAGGAAGUUACUUAAAGUGCUGAACGAGAAGGAGGAGUACAAAAAAAAGUAUUUGCAAGCCCAACAAGCUUUGAACGCUUACAAGAGAAGAAUGGAAACUUCAGUGAUGCUGCCUUGUCGCUAA